AUGGAGGAUCCGGGCCCAUCGUCCGCCGCCACUGAGCCUCCCCCGCCCUCGCCCCCGCUGGAGGAGGAGGACGGCUGGGUGAUCCUGCCCCCCAGCGAGGUCGAGGGCAUCGGCGAUCCCAAGGUCAUCCACUGGGAGGACCUGCAGCAGGAGCUCGCCCGCCUCUGGAGCCUCUCCGCCGCGCUCCAAUCCGGCAGGGACUGCAAGGCGCAGCUCGCCGCGCGACUCGAGUCCGCAUUAGAGCCCGGAAUUAUUCCUGGGAAAGGUUGGAUUCGUCUCCAUACCUUCGGUUGUGCUUCGAGUGUCAAAAGGAGGGUCCUGCAGCGGUUUUGUGUUUGGAAUCGUGCAGACUCGAGCACCUUGGCCGGCGACCUGCAGAGGAUCCUCUCCACCAUGCGCGAACUCGACGACAGGUCUUACCAUUUUUUUGAGUCACUUGCUUUGUGUGGAUAUCUAAUUAUAAGCACCUUGGACAUUAUUGUACAGAUAGAGAGCCAUAUCAAACGCCUUGAUGAAGACCUGGGCCAGUUUGCAGAAGAUUUAAAGCAUGAAGGAAAGAUACCUCCAGAUGAGCCUCCUGUCCUUCCUCCAGUUCCGGUGGUUAGCAGAGAUGAGAAAAGGAGGCUUGGUUUUAGUACACCUCAAUCAUCAAAGAAAUUUAGAGAGAGGGAGUGGGACAGGGAAAGGGGUAUGGACUUCGAUUUAAUGCCCCCUCCAGGUAGCAGCAAGAAAGCAGGUACAUCUAUGGAUGUGGAUCAAAUGAUUGAUCCAAAUGAACCGACGUAUUGUAUAUGCCACCAGGUUUCAUAUGGUGAUAUGAUUGCCUAUGACAAUGAGAAUGUAAGUUGUUUGGUGCCAGAUAAUCAUGACUCAUGAGUUAUUUGUCAGAGUUAAAUUAUAGUUUCAUUUCAAUUAUAAGCUUGUCAGAUCUCAGAUAAGGCUUAAAACUUUUACGGAGGUGGUUUUGCUGGGAUUUUAAGACUUCUUUGUUUUCAUUUCAAACAACAAAAUUUAGCGUUCACUUCAAACAUAUAUUGUUUUCAUUUCAUGCUCUGUGGUAUGUUUGAAUUUGGACUGCAAACAUAUAUUGUGCUAUUGAACCUAGCUAGCUUAGUAGUAGCUGAUAGGUUGAAUGCAUGUUUAAGUAAUGAGAUGAGAUUACCUAAUAUAAUUCAGUUAAGCUAAUAACUGAAUCUGCUUGUUCUUGAGCAAAUGAGGUGUUCCACAAUGAUGCAAUAUUAUUAUAUGAAAA